AUGGAUGAAGCUCUCGAUCAUGUCAAGGAUCUUGCCAAGUGUCUUGAUGAAGACAAUCGCAGCCGGCUGGUGAAUGAGCUGCGGGAUCUCAUAAUUUCCCUCGAGCCUGACGAAGAUGCGGUGCAGCGCAUCACCUUUGCCCUAUAUGCUGCGCGAAUUGGUGUCAGGCUGCGUCUCUUCCAUCUGCUCGCCUCCAGUGAUUCGGGCAUUCAUCUGGAUCGACUGGCCAAAGAGACUUCUGCUGAUGAGAUAUUGCUUGGCCGGAUUAUGCGCUAUCUUGCGAGCGUCCAAAUGAUUACAGAGCUCGGACCCGACCUCUUUGCAGGAAAUAAAAUGACCCGGGCUCUGGCUACUUCCAAGGGCGAAAGCUAUAUCAACGCCUAUUACGAACUAAUCCUUCCGGUGAUGGCCCAAAUGCCACCAUUCCUCGAGCGAACCGGCUAUAACAACCCCACGGAUUCUCUCAACCUGCCUCUGCAUGACGCAUUCGGGUGCAAAGGCGACCUAUUCGCGUUCCUAAAAGCCCACCCGGAGAAAUGCGCCAUGUUCCACAACCACAUGCAUUUCCAGAGGAGCCAGACCACUAACUGGGCCAAGCUUGCAACCGUGCUUCGCAGUAAGGAAACAGCAACAGACGAGGUCUUGUUCGUGGACGUUGGCGGGGGCACCGGGCAUCAAUGCCAGAGGGUUCUACAGUAUGAUCCUGACAUUCCCGGUCGAUUCGUUCUUCAAGACUUGCCCCAGGUCAUGGAGAGUGCCCCCACCAUCCCAGGGUUCUACUACUUCCGCGGAGUUCUCCAUGAUUUCCCUGACAGCAGCUGCCAAUCAAUUCUACGGAAUAUAGCAAAGGCGAUGCGCAGCGAUUCAACGCUUCUUCUUGAUGAGAUGGUUCUCCCCAACAGUGGGGUUAACUGGACGGCUACGGCGAUGGAUCUGCAGAUGAUGGCGAACCUCGGGGCGCAGGAACGGACUCGCGGAGCUUGGACAAAACUAUUGGAGUCGGCGGGUCUGAAGCUGGUGGACAUUCAGUAUCACGGUUUGGACCCGUACCAGGCCCUGAUCUUUGCGGUCAAGCAGGGUGGGGAGAGAAUGUAG